UAAAAGACCAAGCUAUGAUAGCAACAGGAGGAGUGAUCACCGGUCUGGCCGCCUUGAAAAGGCAAGACUCUGCCAGAUCGCAGCAUCAUGUCAACCUCAGCCCCUUACCUGCUGCCCAGGAGAAGAAACCUGUCCGGCGUCGGCCCCGAGCUGAUGUGGUGGUGGUUCGAGGCAAAAUCCGGCUUUAUUCUCCAUCUGGUUUUUUCCUCAUUUUAGGAGUCCUGAUUUCAAUUAUAGGCAUUGCAAUGGCAGUCCUUGGAUACUGGCCCCAAAAAGAGCAUUUUAUAGAUGCUGAAGCAACACUGUCAACAAAUGAAACUCAAGUCAUUCGAAACCAAGGUGGUGUGGUGGUUCGCUUCUUUGAGCAGCAUUUACAUUCUGAUAAAAUGAAAAUGCUUGGCCCUUUCACGAUGGGGAUUGGGAUUUUCAUUUUCAUUUGUGCAAAUGCUAUUCUUCAUGAAAACCGUGACAAAGAAACCAAAAUCAUACACAUGAGGGAUAUCUAUUCCACAGUCAUAGACAUCCAUACCCUUAGAAUCAAGGAGCAAAAGCACAUGAAUGGCAUGUACCCUGGUCUCCUGGGAGAAACAGAAGUAAAACAGAAUGGGAGCUCCUGUGCCUCGAGAUUGGCAGCGAACACGAUUGCCUCUUUGUCAGGUUUUCGGGGAAGUUUUCGCAUGGACAGCUCUGUAGAGGAGGAUGAACUUACUCUAAAUGAAAGUAAGAGUUUGAGUCAUCUUAUGCCCCCAUUGCUCGCUGACAGCGCUGUCUCAGUCUUUGGCCUCUAUCCGCCUCCUUCCAAGGCAACUGAUGAUAAGACCAGUGGUCCUAAGAAAUGUGAAACCAAGUCAAUUGUGUCAUCAUCCAUCAGUGCUUUCACGUUGCCUGUCAUCAAACUUAAUAACUGUGUUAUUGAUGAGCCCAGUAUAGAUAACAUCACCGAGGACGCCGAUACCCUCAAAAGUAGGUCAAGGAAUUUGUCAAUGGAUUCCCUGGUUGUCCCUUUACCCAACACCAGUGAAUCCUUCCAACCAGUCAGUGUGGUGCUCCCAAGGAAUAAUUCCAUUGGGGAGUCUCUGUCAAGUCAGUACAAGUCCUCUAUGAACCUUGGAAGUGGGGCUGGACAGCUCUUGUCUCCUGGGGCUGCUAGAAGACAGUUUGGCUCCAACACAUCCUUAAAUUUACUUUCCUCACACUCCAAAUCCUUAGACUUGGACCGGGGUCCCUCCACUCUCACUGUUCAGGCAGAACAGCGGAAACAUCCAAGUUGGCCUCGGUUGGAUCGAAGCAACAGCAAAGGGUAUAUGAAACUAGAAAACAAAGAGGACCCAAUGGAUAGGCUGCUUGUACCCCAAGCUGCCCUCAAAAAAGACUUUACCAAUAAGGAGAAGCUUCUUAUGAUUUCAAGAUCUCACAACAAUUUGAGUUUUGAACAUGAUGACUUUUUGAGUAACAACCUAAAGCGAGGAACUUCUGAAACAAGGUUUUAAUGUUUAAAAAUGUAGCAUUUUAUAAGGCUAUAUAUUUAAAAACUAUUUUCACAGGGGUUACUUUGUUAAAGCAUUG